AAUAAGUGCUUUAUGAACCCGCUCAGUGUGAUGAUUGACAGCUGUCAGUGUUCAGACAAUGAGUUAAAGCAGCGGGAAAAUAUCCCCGUGGAAAUGAUCGAUGAUUCCACGCGUUUAAACGGGGGACUAGAUGACGCGGCGGAGUAAUCGCGGAAGUCUGGUUUUCCUUUUAGAGAACGCGUGGAGUUCCAGGUGAAGCGGGAGAGAGAGUGGGAGUGAAGCGGGGAGAGGGUGCUCAGGUUUAGCAUCACUUUUCAAAGUUUCGCGCAGUUUGUAUGAGCGACUCACUCUCACACUGACAGUCGCUCAAGCGCUCCGCUGCCGUUAAACGGAUCGUUCUCUUCGGUUAUAUGAUGUUAUCCAGUCAGACUGGAGCGGCUCUGAGUGGAACCGGGUCAGCGGCGGGGAAGAGUGCGGGUCACGGCGCGGUGGUGAUCGGACCCGGGGUUCGGACCGGGCUCGUCCGCUCCUCUCCGGUAGGGAUGCUCGGGGGAACCGGAGCCCAGCGAGGCGGCGUACGACCGGGGAUCGCAACCGGACUCGGGCCGCUACAAGCCGCAGGGAUGGUGGGAGGUUUGAGAUUCGAUCCGGAUAAACAGGGGUUGUGCAGCGGGUCCGACGCGGACUCCGACUCGGGCGAUGAGGACGAGCCCGUGGGGUCAGUCACGGACGGCCGGAGGGGAACCGGAGUCAAGCGGGAGAGAGCCGAGAUGGAGGCCGUGAUGGAGGCGCGGGAGGCCGGCUUGCCCUCGCCGGGGUUCGGGGUGCUUGCCGGUGGAGUGGCCGGAGCCAAACCGGGCAAGAAGACCCGAGGCAGAGUCAAGAUAAAAAUGGAGUUUAUAGACAACAAACUGCGGAGGUACACCACCUUCAGCAAGAGGAAGACGGGCAUCAUGAAGAAGGCGUACGAGCUCUCCACGCUCACAGGAACUCAAGUCCUGCUGUUGGUGGCGAGCGAGACAGGUCACGUCUACACGUUCGCCACACGUAAACUCCAGCCCAUGAUCACCAGCGAGACGGGCAAAGCUCUGAUCCAAACCUGUCUGAACUCUCCCGACUCCCCGCCGCGCUCCGACCCGUCCACGGACCAGCGCAUGAGCGCCACGGGCUUCGAGGAGACCGACCUCACGUACCAGGUGUCCGAGUCCGAGUGCCUGGGAGAAACCAAGGAUUCUCUGAAGCCGGCCUUCACCGUGGCCAGUGUGCCGGGCAGCACCGGCUCCUCCAGCAGCGGCUCAUCUUUCCCCAUCACCAACUAUCUGGCUCCCGGGAACGCCAACGGAUCCGUGCUGAAGAGUUCGGGAGCCUCCGGAGGAGUCAUGCAGCUUCCCAGCGGAUUCACCUUCAUGUCAGGCUCUCCGUUUGCUCCCGGGACUCAGCUCCAGCACUCGUCCGGCUCACACACACUCACACCGGCUCCUCAGGGAUCCCAGGGAUCGCAGACCGUGUUCCGGCUGCCCGCCGCCGUCUCGCUCACCGGCGGGCCGAUGCCGCAGCAGAUCCAGGUCCAGUCGAGCAGCGCUGACAGCAGUCCAGAGAUGAACACAGUGUCCACAGCCACGGUCAGUCUCCCGGCAACCAUCGUCACGACGUCGGUGCCCACCUCCAUGGCGGGUCACAUGAUGUAUCCCAGCUCACACACGGUGAUGUACACGUCGGGUCCCACGCUGGCGGACGGAGGUCUGGUGCUCAACGCCUUCUCACAGGGGCCGGUGUCGCACGCCCAGACGCAGGACACGGGUGGUGUCCCGCAGGUGUUCCUCACGGCUCCUCCUGGAACGGUUCAGAUUCCCGUCUCAGCGGUGCAGCUUCAUCCAAUGGUGAUUGGUCAGUCCAGCGGCACCAAUAGCCUCUCGGAGCUUCAGCUCGUCAAUCUGGACGCCAAGAGCAACUGACUUUACAAGCAGAGACUGAAGACACUAUUUAUUAACGCCUUUCUGAGAUUGAGCUUUAUACAGUAUGUCACUGGUGUGUGUGUGUGUGUGUGUGUGUGUGUGUGUGUGUGUGUGUGUGUGUGUGUGUGUGUGUGUGUGUGUGUGUGUGUGUGUGUGUGUGUGUGUGUGUGUGUGUGUGUGUGUGUGUGUGUGUGAUUCUACAGGACGAUCAGUCCCUCCGCAGCACAAUGUAUGAGAUG